ACGCGCACGAAGGUUCUAAAACUAAUUGUGACGUCACGUCAAAUCGUGAAAUGCCCUCCAAGACUAGACGAGCGAACUUUUUUAUUACCAAUUUAUUCUUCUUGUUUUCAAUAGUCACAGCUCAUGAUGUAGACACCUUCGCAGUCGCCAAAAAAUCAAACAUCAAAAGUUGCCGUGGAGAUACUAUCUUCCUGGAAAUAAAGACCAACGUCGUCUCACCAGAGAUCACGUGGCUAAAGGGGCUAGAGGAUAAGUUGCCAGUUACCAAGUCCAAGCAUUAUUCAUGGGAUGCCGACCGAACGACAAUGAAAAUCAGUGAUGUACACCCAUCGCAUUCAGGCCAUUAUUCUGCACAAUUGAGGAUGAAUGAAAACAUUACGCAAAUCGUAAAGUUCACUGUCGUUGUACAAGAUAUUAGUUUGAGACCUCAUCAAACGUCAACAAACAUAAUAAUACCGUAUGGCGGCUCCACAACCCUUCGAGUCUCCCCAUACCCCACCAGCAGCCCAUAUCUAAUACAAUGGAAAAUAAACGGGAACCCUGUGUACGCCUCGGGUAACAGCAGCCACUAUAAGUUCAUGGACAAUGAGGGUCAACCAAACGCUGCACUUGUACUUGAGCAUGCGCAGAGUGAGCAGGAGGGGACAUACGAGGCGGUUAUGAAGAAAUGGCAUUGUGAAGCGAAGACGCGGUUUAAUAUUCAGCUGAUAAAAGCAGGCAUCAGUCGAGAAGUGAAGAUAAUCGUCAUCGCGUGUCUGGUGACGGUCAAGGUCCCAUUGCUGGCCUAUAUUAUCUAUCUGGAUGCGCGGCGCAGACGACGGAAUAAGAAGACUGCUGACCAGGACAGCGACUUGGAGGAUGUCGCAGACAUGUUAUCAGAAGACCCAGUACCCAGCACCGGGAACCAACACGCUCACGAUCGUCAUACUAUCGAGAAACAACACUCGACAACAAUCGACAAACCUCAAACCGAGAAACAACACUCGACAACAAUCGACAAACCGCAAACCGAGAAACAACACUCGACAACAAUCGACAAACCUCAUCACAUGACCGAUAGCGACACAAUACAAAUAUCAACUUACACACAAAAGGAGGGAUCGACGGACAGUGUCGAAAGACGUCGAAGCAUGACUCCUGAUAAUCAGCACGAUGCACCGCUUGCGAGAUAUCUCUCAGAUAUCAGACUUGAAAGUUCUGAUGAAGAUAGAGAGUAUACAAACUGCCAGCUAAAGCAAGCUAAAGCUAUCGAUUGCUCAGAUCUUGAAAGUGGCCAAUCGUCGUUAAGUUCAUUGAUAGACUUGAAAAGUAUGCAAGCUCUUUUUUCAAGUACUAAAUAAGAAAGUACAACA